AUGGCGAGGUUGAAUGAUAUCCCCGUUGCUGCGGAAUCAGUCGAAUCUUUAAAACGUCGGUUCAUACGGCAAAAUCGCGAAAUUGCGCGUGCGAACUCUAUGCAAUCUCUCCGUAUACGCACUCUAGAAUCCGAAGUCUCUCGCCUUCUUACGGAAAAUGCUUCCCUUCGUGAGGAGGUCAUCGCUACAAAUCAAGAACUUGAAAAGUUCAAGCAUGAUGGACAAUUGGGUUGUGAAAUCGAUAACCUAAAAUCGAAACUGGAUGCAAAGCUGGCUGAAUUUGGAAGCUUGAUUGCAGACUUGGGCUCAUUACCUCAGAGAAGAGGUCUGGCUGGGAAGUCACGGCAAAGAUCCAUUGGUGGAGAAUUCCAAAUUUCUCCGGAAGCGGCUCGUCGGAGAUCUCUAAUGAAGGCUGCUCGACAGGUGACGGAUGAGGGUCGGCUUCCCGCUAUUGUGGAAGACAAAUUUUACCCCAGAUUAACGCUAGAAAGUGAGGAUUUUGCCGAUCUAGCAGGCAGUGAGGGAGGAGAAAACGAUUCGCCUGAGAUAAUUUCCACGCCAGUUCUAACAAUCCCGAACACGGUGGACUCCUCCGCAGAUGAAGAGCCUGCAAUGAUUUUUGGAGCCAACGAAAAUAUAAUUCAGCCCUCACCGUCCAUUUCGAACUUGGGGGCAAGGAGAAGGAAGAGGGAUAGUUCGUUGCUAAAUAGUACGCCCCGGAGCAAAGCAAUGGAAAGCAAGGAGCAAGAAUUUGUGCCGAUACAUAUUUCAAAAUCUGGAUCCAAACGCAAGCUUAGUGUACGGGAUGACGACGAAGACUUGAUGUCACAAGACUUAAAUGACCAUGACGAUUUCCACUACACUCGAUUAGCCGGGUUAUCUACCUAUACCUCAAGAAAUCCCGACGUAGAGCCUGAAGGGACACCAACAAAAGUCAACGCGGACAAGGCAGAAAGCCAGCGAGUGGAAAGAACUACUGUUCGGCCUGCCCUAGGGCCUAAAAGUACAAAUAUCAAGCAAAGAUCCUCCUCGCCUACCAAAAAGAAUCCAGGCGCUGGGGGUUGGGAAAAGGAGAUCCCAAAGCCUAACCCUAAACCACCAAAGAAUAGAAGCCACAAUGCCAUUGACAAAUCAAUGCGAACAGUUCACGUUCCUACUACUGAGCAAACGAAACAGGGCGUUGUGGAUAUUGAUCUAGCGCAGGAACGGGGCCCUGUCGAGGAAAACAGGGACACUGAACAGGCUUCAACAUACACUUUGGAAACUCUUCGAGAAGCCAGAGAUACGCCACCCUUACCCACGGCUGGGACGACCCGUCCACCCCGCAGAUCCCGAGGUUCUAUAAGCUACGCGGAGCCAAAUCUUAGGGAUAAAAUGCGGCGACCUACCAAGGAACUUGUAGAUGCUGUUAGCGGUGAUGUUCGCUUCAGACGAUCCUCGAAGUCUCAUCUCGACAUGGCCAAGGAAAGGUGCAGUGAAGAAAGCAGCCAUAAUUUCGACGUAUCUUCAAUGGCCUAUAAUGACUCAUGCGCGACUUCUCUAGAAGGGAAAGAUCAAAAUUUGAUGAUGGAGUUGCCCUCUAAUGUCACGGCCGACAGGAAACGCCGGACACUCUCCAUAACUAAAUUCGAUUUUGUAACUGUUCCAGCAACGGGCCAGUCGACGUCAAGUGUGGCUAUAUCAACUCUUAUGGCAGGAAGUAAAAGGCGAAGUCAUCGAGAAAGAGACACUGCUGAAAGCUCCGUCGACUAUGAACAAGGUGUUGGUGCUGGUAAUGGUUCCACUCGUUCUUCUCGAAGACACUCCUCCAAUCCGACUACAGGUGGAACAAACUCAAGGUCACGUAGAAGCAAAAGUUCUGCUCUCCUUGCAAAGGAAAACGCCGUGAAUGUCCAGGCUGUCUUGGAAUCGGCAAGGCUCAAUGUGAAUAGCAAACUGGGUAACGAUUACCACCAGCAUGCUUCUUCCUCUUCGAUCUCUUCGUCCAAUCCAAGAGCCACAAAGGUCGUUUCGGAAUUCGACUAUGACGCUUUUCUUGAAGCGCAGGAAGACGCGUCUGAGGUUAGGAGGGUGCAGCGACUUGCCACAUCGAGGCGGCGGAGUAUGAUGUUGUGA